ACCCUGAUAAAAUCCAGGAAGUUUCCCAGAACUUAUCGAAGUCACAAGUCUCCCGGAACCCGGGUCCGGUCCGGUCCUGCCCCUGAGCGGUCUCGCGCUCCAGAAACAGAGGGCGGAUCCUCUGCUCGCCAAAAACGGACACACACGGGGUCUCAGGAUCUCAGAACGCUCUCUUAUCGAGGAAUAAAAAGUUCCUGGAAGCCGUAAGAGACACCGACAGGUGGGAUGACCCACGCGCCUUACUCCAACGGCAUGCAGGGAAUCCGGAAGGAGCACCUGUACAAGGUGCUGGUCAUCGGAGACCUGGGGGUCGGGAAAACCUCCAUCAUCCGGCGCUACGUCCACCAGACCUACUCCUCCAACUACAGAGCCACGAUCGGAGUGGACUUCGCCCUGAAAGUCCUUAACUGGGACUCCGAGACCGUCCGGCUCCAGCUGUGGGACAUAGCAGGUCAGGAGCGCUUUGGGAACAUGACCAGGGUGUAUUACCGUGAGGCCAUGGGAGCUUUCAUCGUGUUCGACGUGACGCGACCUACGACCUUCGAGGCCGUCAUUAAGUGGAAAGAAGACCUGGAUUCAAAGGUGAUGCUGGCCAAUGGACAUAGCAUUGCAACUGUGCUGCUGGCUAACAAGUGCGACCAGGGCAGGGAGUUGACCAACAAUGGCAUCAAGAUGGACCAGUUCUGCAAGGACCAUGGCUUUGUUGGCUGGUUUGAGAGCUCAGCUAAGGACAAUCUCAACAUCAGUGAAGCUGCAAAUUUCCUGGUCAAGCACAUCAUGGCCACAGAGAACGACAUCCUGAAAUCCGUGGUACCGGACACGAUCUCACCGCAGAUCCACUCCAACGACCAGAUGAGCUGCUCUGGUUGCUUAAAAUAAUGGAAGAAGGAUGUGAUGGCAGGACUAGAAACAAUAGAGGCAGAGCAGAACGACCACGCCUCACAGCUCUCAGAGGACACCCAAGUUAUUUUCAGGGUGACUUCUUUGAUGUUUGUACAUUUGCUUGGACAUUGGUGAAAGAGUCGGUUCUGGAGACAACAAAACUCACUGACUAUUUUAUGGUGUCUGUAUUUUGGCAAAGGUACAAAUUGUCCAGUUUUCUGGUGAGUGAUGCUAAGUGAAAACAGAGUUGAUGAUCUUUACGCUUCAUUGUAUUCAUGGUAAAAUAGACAGAUAUUUAACCUGAGAGAAGUUAAGCUCCCCCUAGUGGUUGGCUGUAGUGCAAGUUUUAAGCCACAACUCCAAUCAUCCAAAGGGCACAUUUCCACUAUUAGAUCUUCCAGGUAGUUUUCCUGGACCUUCCCAGUUCACGUGUGUCUCUGUUUCACCGGGCUGGCUGAAAGGACCACCUUCCGAGCCAUUUCAGGGACCAAUCAUGUACCUGCAUUGGGAUAUGUAUUUAGAAAUGGCCCGGUAGAGCUGCUGGGCCGGACGUGUGGUUAACUCAUGCUGAUUGGUUGUAACUUAAUUAGGGCUGCACUAUCGAAUAUUUUAGGAUUCGCAUAUUCUAUCGAAUCCUCUGUUGACUGAUCCAAUAUUCUAUUUGAAAACGUUUCAAGUGAAACAAAACUGAUCUGCGGCUAAAAAAAUGAAAAUAAAACUAUAAAAUAUUAAAAGGCUCAAUAAUAUGCAUAGUUCCCUUUUCCCAGCUGAUAUUUAUAGUUAAUAAAUAUUUUUUGGCCAAAAAUUUGAUUUAAAUUCAUUAACAUUUUAGGUUUGUAUUAAUAUCACUUAUCCCAGUCUAACAUAUCUAAAUAUAUCCACAUACUUUCAGUAUAAUUUAAUUAUUUCAUUAACAUUUCCGGUAGAUUACUACUGGAAAUGUUAAUGAAAUAAUUAAAUUAUACUGGUAAUUUAAUGGUUGUGUAUGUCACCUUCUCCACUCCCAGAAAUUUCUGUGAGCACCUCUUCUGGAAACACGACUAAAUGGGUCGUUUUUAUGAAUUGUAAGAAAAUUGAUGACACCUCCAUUGUUUUCCAGGUGUUAAUUUCAGUUGAUGUGAGUAACUCUUGUCUUGUUGCCUCUUGAUCAAAUGUUGUUUUACUGAUGCCUUUAACUGAAUUUAUGUUUUGAUGGUUAAAAUGCACCCUGGUUUUCUUUGGGGAGUUGGCGUUGGUGGGACUUUCAGCUUCGCAUUCACACUCGUACCACAAAUCAUUAUGACUCCACUUUAGUGCAACAGACAUUUUUGGUUUAAACAAGUUUGGGUUUUCGGUGUGCCAUUAAAACCAAUAAGCUUUGUUUUUAAAGGUAUACUAUGCAACCUUUUGUAUUUUAAAUAAGUUUCUUGAGCCAGUAUGUGCUAAAAUGAAUGAAAUGUCACUAAGACCCCCGACGCCCACUACGGCCAGAAUACCACACUUGCAACUUCAGAGUUGCCAGACUGGUCCCUGUUGGACUUAGUAAAAGUGGAGCUGAAAUGUCUGGCGCUGCAGUCUGCUUACAGCACGUUUCCUGCAUGUUUUAAGUGUGUGAAGUCAGCUGAUUUGCUUUUUCAUUGAUGAACCACUCCUGUAGAAACUAAUUAAUGCUGAGGAGACACUUAAGGUGUUAAAAAGACGAGCGCACUGCGAGGAGAGAAUUUUCUAUUUUGGUUUCAAUAACGUACACUAGGGGGUGCUAAAAACAAGCCAAAACUACAUAGUAUCCAUUUAAAUAUACAGAACCAGAGACAAACCAUAAAGAGAACUGUAGAUCGCUCUCAGUAAAGCCAUGGUUAGCUAUAUGAUCUCUGCACAUACAAUCAUUUUGAAUGGUUUUAGUUAUUUGCUAUGUGCUUAGCAUGAAAUGACUGUUUGGUAAAAUGUAUUAUUUUAUAGUUUUAGCAGGUUUGGUUGGUUUGCAACAUCAUUUCAUUUGAAAAAAAAUCCUAUUUUUAUUAGCACUGAUUUAAAAAAAACAAAAUGAUGAUUUUUUGUCAAAAAAUGAAGCGUUAGUUACAAUCUGAACAUGUUUUAUGUUCCUGUACCAAAUUCUUAGUAACCAUGGUAACUAGAGUCUUUUUAUGGGUAUGCUCUAAAAUCUAUGUGAAACUAUUUCUUGCUGUUCCAAUCACACACACACACACACACACACACACACACACCAAAUAUUAUAAAAAUCCUCUCCAUGUUCCUUCUGAUAUUGGCUACCUGUUUUUCUGUUGAGUUUUCUCUCCAUACCUCUGUGGCUCUUCAGCAGCAUUCCCUGCACAAAGUAAAGCUUCUGUUUUCUUAUUUUAAAUUCUUAUAUAAAUUCCAUAUCUGCAUAUUUAGGAGCUACACACCAAAUAUGACUUCAUUGUUGCUAUUUAUGUGUUCAUAAUGGGUUUCCAGUUUGCACAGUGUUUUGAUGAGCCUGUUACACCAGGGUCAUUGUUCUAAUGUUCCCCAUGGUCAUGUUGCAUCACGUGAGUAAAAAGCGUGCCGGAUUUAAAGAACGCCCUCUCCACAGGACAGUGUGAAGGUGUGGGAUUCACGUAUCAUGUGAUACCAGCUCAGUGUUGCACCAUCCGGAGCACGGGACGGCUUUUUCUGAGAAAUGUCAUCAUAAUGUUCUCUGUUAGAACAAAAUAUAAAACUGCUCAUUUCAUAUACAGCUUUUAAGAAAAUGUAUUCACUCAUUAUUUAUUGUGACAUUUUUAAAUAAUAUACAUGUGCUCA